AUGGCAAACUGGAAAGAACUGGGCGAGGUCCCAGAUUCGGACGACGAGUUCGACUUCGAUAGCCAGGAUUUAGAGUCGCCCCCGAACCCCGAACUUCCCUCGAACGGCUUUACCAAACCCUCUCAAACGAAAGACACUCGAGAGAGCAUAUGGGACGUCCCUGAGUCUUCACAAGGAACGUAUGCCGCCACAUCUGCGAAGCAUGGAUCGGCAGACUGGAGACAUGACAUCGCUCGGUCUUUCGACGAUGAGCCGCCCUCUUCGCCGCUGUCUUCGCUGCCAGAUAUAGACGAGCUGGAAGACCCCUUCAACUUGGAGCAGCCAAAAACUCAAGAAUCUGCUCCUCCUGCUAGGACCAGGCAGGUGUAUCUGACCACCGACCGCGACGACUCUCCCGAUCCUUUAGCUGGUGACGAUAGCGUGUCGACUAGCUAUGUCAAGAUCACAGCUCCCCAACCCGAAUUCCCGGCCGAGAACAACGAUACGAGCCUUGCCCCGCCCAUGAGGUCCCAGGCUGCUUCUCCAACGCAGAGCCAAUCAAAGAGCCAGCAAAGCCAGCAAAAACAGCUAGCCACGCAGCGGGACGCAAGCUCUAGCCAGGAGGACGAAGUCUUAGGAUUAGUUGCGCAGCACAAUUUUGGUGCCAUCUCUCCAGCAAGAUCUUCAAACAACGCUCGUUCGGUCUUUUCCGUGGAUAUUCCAGUGCUGAACCGGGCGAGGACUCAGCAGCGGCCGCUCGCUCUACUGGAGACAACCUCUAGUAGAGACGUAGAGAUGGCAAGACAGGUUGCGGUGCGGUAUGAAAGGUCGUUCAGGCCGAGAAAGCCCAUUCAAGAGCAUCCAUACCUUAUUGAGAAUGCUCAGUACAGUAAGGCCCUUAAGUCACAUGGCAUUCGACCAGUCAGGAUGCCCACAGAGCCGGCCCCUAGACGACAGAGAACAGGCGAUGACUCUGGGGAAAAGGACUUUGAGGACGACAGCCAAGGGAUGACAGUAGAUGCGCCAAACGAAACUACCGACGAGAGUCAAGCUAAUGGCAUGGAUGAGCCACCGAGCUCUGAGCCCCUGCGGGGGUUGUCACUGUCUCCAUCUCCGUCCCCGUUACGGACUUCAUCUCCUAAGCAGCGUGGCGGGCCGAGCAGCCAACCCACUCAAGGAGAAACCGACAACACGAGUCUCUCCGGUAACGAUGACCUGCCUUCCCUCGACGAGAUCCACCGCAACCUAGUUUUAAACCAAUCGGCGAAGAAACGUCGGCCUGGAAGACGUGUCGCAUCCAAAUCGCAAGUGGUAAAGCAGACAAUACCAGACACCCAGUCACCAUCGCGUCCGGCGUUCCAGCAAUAUGAUGAGAUCUAUGGCUUGUUGUCUUCCCCGUCUUUGUCACCGCAGAUACAAGCCAACACCACCAAUCCACCGACAGAGCCCAUAGCGUCGCCGCAGGUGAGCGACCUUCCAGACCCCUUUGCCGAGGAGGACGACAACCAGCCUACUACGAACGGCAAUAUGAGACCCUUUGUGGAAUCCGAGAGGCAUCAUUCCGUUGGCGCACAUCCGCCAGUGUUCGACCUGACCAUGGAGGAUGAAUCUGAAGCUGAAGAGGGUGAUGACCCUGGGCACCGGGGCGUGGACAUGUCCGGAAACGAGUCGGAGGCCGGUGCAGAGGUCGUCAAAAAUGUCGGACGAAGGAUGCGAGGAGUUCUUCCGGCAUCCUGGCUCAGGCUCGAUCAGCAAGCAACCCGACCCAAGUCUACUCAACAUCAGCGGCACGAUAUUUCACCCGAGAAGACACAGAGACGGGGUGUUGCGGUUCGGCGAAUUGGUCGUUCGGCAUCAAACACAGCGGCAGCUUUCAUCUUUGACGACUCGGACGAUGAUGAUGAUGAUGCGCCGGCACCGACGCCUACGCGUCGUGCUUCUACUGCCCAAGCUCCUUUACCUUUCGAGAGCUCUGUAGCUGAAAUCAUCGAUGAUGAUGGAAGUGGGUCUGUUGUUGAAGAUGACCAAGUUGACCCCAUGCUUCCAAGUCGAAAGCGCCAGCUGAGUUUGAAAGACUUUCAACAACCCGACAAACGACAGAAAAGGAACUGCACGGCGCUAGGUAAUCAGCCCAAGAAACUGGGAAGAUCUGCCAAAGCGGCCAAAAGAUAUUCAAAAGGCUCACGUAUUGAUCCUUGGGCGAAGAGUCUUGGAUCGACAUCAGUCUACUCUCGGUCUGCUGACAGUGCGAAAACACCGCCAAGGUUGAGCAUCUUGGAUGUUAUUGAGCCAGACGCGCCGAACUUUCUUAAGGUCGCAGCCCGAACGGCUCAGAACAAGCGUCACCUUGGACGAACCAGCCCUACGAACAAAACGAUACGUCUUGCCACGCGAAGAGACAACGUUGAUGCCGGUACAGUGCUACAAAAGUGGAAGGGAGGCAGAAUACAGCCUCGUCGGGGGUUGCAGAGCAAAAGCCAGACCCAACCAGUGGGGAGACGGCCGCUUACCCAGCUGCCCCCGAACGUCUUUGCUCGCGGUGCGGUGUCUUUGCCUAAGACCCGGUCUGAUACGCACGCUGAUCAACAUCGGCGUGAGGGCUCAGCACCUUCGAUAGCCUUGCCUAAAGCGCGUGCCCAGGUACGCCAAAUGUCACGGAGCCAUUCAACUACAAGUCACCGCACUCAAGAGACAGCAAACCGACCGGCGCAGCUUGAAACAGACCUGACUGAGCAGCCGGGGAGAAUCGGAUUCCAUGCAAAGAAACGUGCUCUUGAUGUCCUUUUCCGGCGUGGUCAGACGCAGUCUCUGUCCUCAAAAAGCGCGUAUGUGGACUCCUUCAUGGACGAUGUAUGUUCGGUCGUUUCGGGACAUAGCUUUGCUACCAGAGUCUCUUCCCCUGAGCCACCAGUCAUCCCAAAGCCCCGUUUGAAGCGUCCCAGGAAGUCCGCUCAGCCGAUCCGGAUCAACGUUGCUGCUGCUCACUUCCGUCACGCAGAUGACCCGCUGCCGACCACGGAGUCGUUGACCCUAUUCGAGCCCCCCCAAUUCGUCUCCAACGACAACCAACUUCUCGGGCUUGGCCCCUUUGGCACACAUUACACACAGCACUUCGAGACAUUCCCCCUUGAUCGCGGGGUAUUCUUUCACGAGACAACACUCAUCGGCAGCGGCCGGGUCAAGUCAGCCGUGGACGGCCAAUUUCCAGAGAAAGUAUGGCACCCUCGUCCUCGGAUAUCGUUCAAUCUGGGCGAGCUGGUUCUUCGCUGGGACGCUUGGACCGAGCAAGUUUCUUCCGAAUUUGGCAUUUUGAUGGACGGGAUCCUUGAUCAAAUUCUCAAGCCGACUACAUCAAGAGGAGUUGGCUUCAACGCGAAAGAGGCCGCACGAUUCGUUCUUGACUACGUUCAAAAGGCCAUGAACUUCACUAACGAUUCUGAUGCGUGUUCCUUUGUCACGCGCCUCUCCGAUGUAACCAGGGCGUUUCUGGUUCGUUUGGACUCGGGGAAUGGUCUUGACUUGCGCCAGCGUACAGAGCUUGUCGAUGUCCUAUCGAAUCUGGUCCUCAUACUCUCAUCGGCUGUUCGUCUUUGCCAGAAGACACAGUCUUUGGUGACAUAUAGCUUUGCUACGGAGGCUGUUCUCAGGAAAGCCACGGAAGCCACGACUCAGCUCCUGCUCGAUAUUGGACUGGAUGAUGUGACACAUCUUUACGACGAUCUCCAAACGUUGAGGUACCGUGAGCGUGGUAUUCGCUCUGAAAAACGCGUACCACACGCUUGGGUACUCUUGAUGAAGGUCCUAGAAGGCCUUCGGAUACCAAGGAUGACUUUCUGGGAUGUUGCAUAUUCGUGUAUGCUUCAACCAAGCAUCGUCCGCGGAGUCAAUGCACAGGAAUUCGAACGACUUUGGAAGAACAUGUUUACGCUCUUGCCACUGAGCGAGUUUGACAACACCGGUGUUAUCGUAAGCGACAGGAGACACCAGAUCCCUAUGGAAGGAUGGAAUCUGCCCCAGCAGAUGCUGAAGCGCGUCUUUCAGCUGUAUAGGGACAAUUCUCGCCAGCCCCCCAGCUUUAACGACUACUGCCGAGCAAUGAUAUCCAGAUGUCAUUAUUUGGUUGAUCAGUGGGGCUGGCAAAAGUCCAGCGGCAUCAUUGGCACUAUCUUCGAUUUUUUCGGUUCGCAGAGCUUAUCCCACUUGCGCAACGAAGAAGCAUUCCGCUCGGCCCGGUUUUUGGACAACCUCCACCUCAACCCAUCACUCCGGGUCGAGCCUGAGGAUCGAUGCUUCCACAUUUUCCUCAAGCUUGUAGCACUGGCCAUCAAGAGGUUGAGGCAGAAGGGCCUGGUCAACGAUAUUCGAAACUUGGUCGCUCGUACGCUCCCGAACCAUGACCGACAAUAUUCCAAGGAGCAGAACGUCCACCAGCAUGAUUUGGCCGCCCUCAGGAACCAUCACGAUCUUCUCUGUACGCUGUUCUGGGCAGCGCCACCUGACCUUCGCCCUGGCAUCCACAACUUAGAGAAGCUGGUUAUUCCUGCCAGCUCUCACAAGGAAGCUUGCCUGGUCAAUUUGCGAGCGUGGCAUCAGCUAGCACGGUUUGUUGUGCACGAAGAGUCUGCGGCCUCGUUCACUCCACUGGCAAACUGGCAGACCAAUGUCUUUAGGCAGCUUCUGGAUCAGUACAACUCUGCCGCGGCGGAUAUUCAACAACAAUUCUUGGCCUUGCCGAAGGAUGCCAGUAGCAACGUCAGCGAAGAUUUGAUGAACUCCAUCGUGGUUACCAACAAAGCUGCCACCAUGGAAAUCAUGCUGUUCUCCGUCAAGUCUUCAAUGGACGUCGUUCAACAUGCGGGCAGUUUAGAGCUGGCUAGGCUUGCUGCAAGCCCCUAUCAACUACAGCAAGUCUUCCAGCACUUCUCUACCUUGCCAGCAGACUUUCCGCCCACACUUCUGCAGGCAUCUUUGAUGACUAUCGGACACCUUGUUGGCCGGAUUGAGUCGGUCUUCAACGAGGCGGAUGAUAGCCAGGACAGUAUGGCAUCCAGGACAUUGGAGUCGGAAGAUGCCAUCCUCAUGCUGGAUCGCGAACUCGCCGCUGUGUUUCUCUCCACGGCACGCUGCCUAUUGUCAAAUCAGUCCCAUGGAAACCCUAGCACCUCGUCGAUUCCAAAGUCUUGCGUCGAGCAGGCUGUUGUUAUUUCUGGCAGCAUGGUCGGGCUGUUUGCGCUCUCGCAAGUCUUUAAACCUACCAAGUACGGGCUUUUUGGCAAGGUACCAAACAAGCUCAGUUGGGAACAGCGCCAGUAUCUUCCCCUGUUUCUCUCUGUGGUUGCGCAGAAGGGAGCGGUGAUCAACCUAGAGGAUAUUGGAACCAGUCUCUUGCAGCUGUGGCUCUUGAUUAUCGUACAGCCAAGCCACUGCUUGAGGUUUGAAACCCAGUUCGGGCAGCAGCUACAGCGCCAGGGAUAUCCUUUUGUUCCCGACAAAAGUGCAGGGCUAGUUGUCAAUCCAGGUUACCUGUCCAACCGUGAUUCCUUCGAACAUGCGGUGUCCUGGAUGCGACAGUCACUACAAACAGCGGAUACCGCCUCUAAGAGAAACAUGCGUGCCGACUUUGAGAGAGUGCUCAACGCCGUCAUGAACCAAAUGCGGACCGACGUCCAAGCAAUGGCAACCGACUCGUCUGAGCAUCCAAGCUAUGUCAAGUUUGUUCGAAGUAUCGUUUCUCUAAUCAAGGCCCACGGCACAGAUAUCUGCCCUGUGCAGAAAUUCUUCCUGGAAGUGAGCAAGGAGUACUCUCCGCCCAUGCAAGAUCCUCAACUCCAAGCAGCCCAGAUCCAGUCCUAUGGAUUUAAGCUCGCGGAAGGCGAUCGCAGAGUCCCGAGCACUCUCUUCCACUUUUUUCUCAACAACUUCAAAGGUGCUCUUCAACGAGAUCGACUGCCGAACGAGGUACUCCUCCUGAAGGGGGCCUUAAAACACGACACCAUCAUGUCAUUCGUCCUGGGGAAGAUGCUCCCUGCAGUUUUGCAUGCCACACUGUCCAGCCAUGAGGCCUAUGCAAUGCUUGACGUACUGUGCGAUGCGCUUGGGCUGGCAUUGACGGGGUCAACUAUAGCUCGUCAAGUGAGCGAGGACAGCUUCGCCUGCAUCCCCCCCUUGGUAACGACGAUGUUGGCCUGGGCCAUGGCGGUGAAGGACCCGGCACUUUGCGCUGAGCAUGUUCACGUGCUCAGGAAAAUCACCUGGCUUCUCAAUGCCUUUCAGCCAUCCAUCGAGUCUUUCUCACUGAUGCCAAGAGCCGUCAAGGGAUGGGACGACGUCAUGGAGAGACUGCAAUGGUUCAGUCUGCUUGCCGAAGGCGCUCAGGAAUACAUCGGUGCUGAGUUUGACAAAGGCGUCGUACCCUUCAUGGCGCCCUCGAUGCUGUUCCACUGCCUGAAGGCUCAUAACAAAGAAUUCAGGGUCCAGGACACCACAGUCCUGACCUGGUCUGAGCAUAUCAGCAACGACAUCAGCAGGAACUGGGUCACAACAGGACCGCUCUUAACGGUGUCGGCGAUCAACCGCGGCACACCCUCGACGCAAUCCGGGCAAGGCUCCCUCAGACCCCAGUGGACCAUGCCGGGGCUCACGACGAGUUUAUUCGAUCAACUGAGGACUUGGCAUGAGUGGUGGACAAGGGUGAAGCGGUCGCCUGAUGAUCGAGACUUGUUUGACUACGGAGAGGACCUGGUCUUCUGA